AUGCGCCAGGAUGCCGCGGAGGCGGUCCUGUGCGCCGUCCGCGGCGACGGCGAGUCUGCGCGGCGGCUGCAGGCGGUGCCCCCUGCGCUGCAGGCCAAGCGGAGGGGAAGCCCCCCACACGGCUCGAACGCCUGCGGCGCGACGUCGCCCUCCAGGCCGAGGCGCAGGGCGUGGACCUCGUGGCGGCGGGAGCGGCGGAGCUGCGCCGUGCACAUCGGGAGCCCUGGCUGGAGGGGCGCGCGGCGCCCAGGGGGCGAGGCGAAGGAGGUUGGCGCGGGGGCGACGCGGGCGUCAUUACCAGCCUCCAGGGGGCGUUGCACCACCCGACCUCGCCGACGGCUUUAG